ACUUUCUUGGCGAGUUUAGAAGAUAAAUGGAGUUUUUUUGUUGUACCUGGAUAUUUUACUAGCAUCAGUUUUCUGAUUAUAGCACUAUCCUGGGACUGCACAGGAUGGGGAGGAGUUGGGGGCUGAAGCCUUCCCAUUUAGCACUUUAAAAUGGUAAAAAGUUAUCUGAGCAGGUUAUCUGACUUUUUUAGCCAGCUGGGACGGUGGUGCUGGAAUCUCCGUCAUCAGCCGAAUUUUCUUGCGACUUGUCAGUUAUCAUGUUACAAUGUUGCAGCAAACAAUGCAAUGGUGACCACUGCAUUGGUUGUUGCGAUAUUGUAACAGACUGAGAAGAGAGAAGAUCAUGACAGCUGAUAUGCCUAAUGUAGCUGAGAAAAUUAAAUUAUUUUAGCCAAACCAGUCUGCUCGCCACAAAGCAGGCUGGAUUUCCUGUGGUACAAAAGUGUCUCUCCCCAGUCCAUGCCGUCUCGGUCAUUGCCUGUUAUACCAAUAUGGCGUUUGUUAGAGAGACCUCGUUUUGGCUGCAUGGGAUGAUUUUGGUUGUGUUUCUGGUCCGAAACUGCAGUUUAAAUCUCAUUGUCAACAUCAAAGCUAAAGAUGGUGAGAUAGUGCAGCAGAAUUUUUUCGCAGAUCCCGAGAAAGACUACGUUACUAUCGAUUUCAAGAAUAACCAAGGUCGCUUCGUAACAGUUUACAUCGACUUCCGUUUGAAACGAAAGAUAUUCCAAGUGAUUGUCCUGGGAGAAAUGGAUAGAGCAGAAAGUUCAUACGAAGCAAUGUGUUUUGUAACAGAACUUGAAGAAGAGGAGUUCAUAUCAUCAGAUGCCAUGUCAAAACUUAGACAAAAAAAUCCCAGCACAAUCCGAGUUCCUGAAGAAGACAUUGGAAGUGAAUCUUACAACAUGGAUCAUGCAGUUAUCUUGAAUUCAACAAAUGCAACAGAUAACAGCAUUAAGUACUUGUGUAAAGAUGCUGGCAAAGUGCUGUUUAAAGGAGACAAUCCCAAACUCCUCUUGUCAGAAAAUUCAACACGUGAAGAUCUUGAGAAAGUUGAGUUGGAAUCACAGGAUCAGUCAAGUUUUACAAAGUUGCUAAAACGUUGCAAGGAUACAUCUGAACUCAGUGCUGAGUGCAUUUGUAGAGUUGAAGUUUGUAUUAGUUGGUAUCCUUGCCACUUGAAGUUCUGCCAAGGACAAGAUGACAAUGGACAACCAACAGAGUACCGCUGUGGAAUCAAAACUUGUGGAAAAUGUCAUGACUUUGACUUUUAUGUUGCAGAGAGGCAGCAUUGCUUUUGGGAUAUGGAUUCAUAAUCUGAUCCUGUAAAUGUAAUUUUCUGUAAUUGUAAAUGUAAUUUGUUUACCCACGGAGCACCAAGGAGUUCACAGAACUCGUUC